GGUCCUCGCAUGUUCAUUGACGAAGGUCGGACUUGAAGCCAAUUGAAAACCAAUUAGCUUCCAUCGGACUUAAUAUAAGAACUUGGACAAUCGUGAUGUAUCAGAACGAAUACGAAAUACAAUAUGAAUCGAAUACGACGAAGACUGGUAAAAAAUUCCACAAAAUAACAAGUACGAUUUUCACGGUGAGCAAUCGUAAUUGGAUGACGAUAGGAAAGCUGGCUACGGAUGAUUUUCCGCGUGGCUCUGAUCGGAAAACGUAAAAAGAAAAGCGGCAAGCUAUCUAAAGUGGCGUCUGACAGGGAGAAAAGUAUCGUGGUAACGGAGUCUGCGUGCUGCAACCGCGUAACUCGGGGGUCGAAGAAGAAGAGGAUGGAAUCUGUAUAGUGGGGGUAGAUCAGAGGGAGAGGAUAGCAGAGGCGAAAUCUGGUCUCAGUCGUGCGCGACGCGCCAUAUGCGGUGGGUCAUUUGUCAAAGUGAUUACAAAGGCCAAUAAUCGUCUCGCAUGACACGUGUGAUCCCCUGAUAAAAACUGCCACGUGCUGCCGGCACCACCCCUCCGCCAGGGGUAUCAGGCUGACCCCAUCCCCGACCAGUUCGCCGUCCGGAAAUUUGACGAAACAACUUUUUCCCUCGAAGCGAGCCGACACAAUCUUGUUCGAGUUCUGAUCGAAGAACGGAUCCUCGAACUUCGCCGCGGCGCUAUUUUUUUUCUCCCGCGAUUCAAUCGUUUGGCGAAAACUAAUCUUUCGAGAGGACUUAGCAGAAGGAUCAAAGAGGGUGAAAGAUGCGAUACCUCGUCGCGGUGAAGUAACGCAACGUUUUAUUUCUUCGACGAGACUGCCUUCCAACUUCGUGGGAAAAGUUUGCACCGUGAUGCUGGAUACAAUGCCGUGGUCGAAUCCGAGAAGUUAGCAGCCGGACACGAUUGAAAAGGUGACAUUGUUGGACGGUCGCAUGGGGUGCGUUAAGUUAGACGCCUUUUUGCCUUCUCGGAACUCGAAGAAACGGGAAUCGGUAGUGGUAAUCGAUGGGGGAGCUUAAGUGAACCGAAGAUUUACGUUCGAAUUGAAUGUGUAAUCGUAUAAAAGGAAAGAGCCAGACAGACGUCGUUAAGGGAAAAGAAUUGUGCGCGUACAGCUCGCUGACGCAAACAGCCUUCGACGAGCAGCGGAUGAAAAUCUCGUUAAGGAACCUCGAAGGGGAGAAACGAAGAUUUUGGAAUGCAUUAUCAGAAAAGGUGUUAUCAGCCAGGUGAUAAAAACCCUCCUCGGCCGUGAAACCAGCACUCUGACACGACAUUUUUCUCGCACUUUUCCCGCUUUCCCUUGUACUCCAGUCGGAAGAGGGUAGUUGGUAGGUACGUCGUUUGAACUGGGACGGAAGCUGCUACCCGCAGGGAACAGGGGGUGUGGAAGAUGAACGCGACCGGUGAAGAAGGAUCGAAGAUAGAGUGAAAGCAGGAAUUGAGAAAAUUAUCUGGAGCAACGAAAAUGAGGCAGGAUGGUACGCUCUACCUGCUUUCGCUGCUACUUUUCUCGUUGGCCAGUUUUUCCGGGGCUCUUGUCGAAACUCGAGGAUGCAAUCGUACCGUCAGAAAUUCUGUUGGAUGGAUACGAUGGACAGGACGAAUGGGACGGUGUAUGGUUCACAUUAGAGCACCUUCCAGAGACACUCAGGUGAUCGAAUUAAAAAUUAGAAGGCUGCAAGUUGGUUUUCUGAAAGAAACCAAAUGUAAAGGUGCUUACAUUCAGUUUUUCGAGGGCAGCGAGGAUGUUCAAAAUGAAACGGGACGUUAUUGCGGCCACGUGAAUAGCAAUACGACCAGAUUGUUCCUGAGGAAAGGACCAAAUUUGACAAUCAUAAUGGACUCGGACGUGAAAUUUGCCACCGAAAACCCGGUUAUCUUCUCCGCCCAAUUUUCAAUUUUACCAACGCAGCUUGCUGCCGAACGAUAUCGCGGUUUCUCUCCUUCCUUUUCGUUCGAGUGCCCGAUGGAGUGCGCCAUGAGAAACGAACAACGAUUCUGCAAACUGAUGUCCCCCGGUUACCCCGGCGUUUAUCCCCGGGGCAUCAGGUGCAGGAUCGCCCUGGAAUCGAACACGGGCCGUUUCAAGAUCGGAGGUCAACCGAACGAUGUCUUCGAUCUGAUGAACCAUACGUCUCAGGACAGCUGUCAGACGGAGAACUGCGAGCGGCACAUUGAAAUCGUUCCGGAAGCAUCGAGGACGAGGGUCGCUAAAUCGGUCAGACGGUACGUACCGGGAUAUAUAUCUAAGAGGAGACCGAGAAGUCCCGAUCACGAGGAGGAGCUAGAAUUUAUCAUUGGUCAAACGUCGCACAAGUUUAAGAGGAACAGAAAUGAUCGAAGAAAACUUAAGAAAGAUAAGAAGAAAGUUGUUGGUUCGAAAGGACUUCACAGUUCUCGUAGAAAAGACGUAACCGAGGAUACCCGAAGAAAUAGCCACCGUACGAAAGAGAUAACCGAACAGUCAUCCGCAGUUACCUUUCUCGGUAUCAGAAGCGACUCCAGACUGUUCGUCGGUUAUCACGACGAAGAAACGUCGCCUGAAUUUAGUCAAAGGAGACUUCAUCGCCCGCAGCAUCUUCGCAAAAAGUCUAUGGAUUCGAUCGGUUCGUGGAAGAAUUCCGAUCACGAUCUGGAAGAUAUAUCGAAGGAAAAUAUUUUUCCCGAUGGAGCACGCGAAAUUUCAAGGAAGGGAUCGAUCCAAGAAAGGAUAAACACGGUACAGGCUUCCGAAUAUCCGUACAAGAGGAGGAGUCAAAUACAGGAGAGACUAGGAAGCAGCAGUUGCGUCGGCGAUUACCUCGUUCUUUUGGAGAACGUGGACGGGAAGAUGUUCGAAAUUUCGAAAUUUUGCGGCGAGGGUCGGGUGCCGCGAAUAGUAACGCGAGGAAAGAACGUCAUCGUCGAAUUCUUCGCGCAACAAGACGGCACGAUAAUGCACGACGGCUUCCAAUUGUCCGUACAGGAAACGGAGCAGGCAUCCGGUGCGAAACACGGUCGAAAUUGUGAGUUCGUUUACAAAAGUUCCGAACGUACCAGGGAAAGCAUUAAAUCGUUGCCGAGCUGGUAUCCUCCGGAUACUCUAUGUAGCUAUAAAUUCAUAGGAAGGUCUUCGGAGAAGAUUUCCGUUUACAUGAAGAUAAUCAGAAACGAAUUGAACCAGGAAUAUUCACCACAGAAACGAAAUCUAAGCCUGGGUUACUGUUCCGGAAAUGAGAUUGCAGUUUAUAAUGGAAUAGAAGCAAACAACAGCGUUUUAAUAUGGUCCUAUUGCGAUGUGUCUCAUCAGGAUAUCAAUAACAUACAAGUCCCUCUCACCUCCAGUGGGAAUGAACUGUUAAUACAAUAUUACAGUGCCAAGGGUUCUUACGACGGCCAAGAAUUCACGUACACGAUAUCGUACAGGUUUCUAAAGAAAUCGAAGAAUUCCACGAACAGACGUCAAAUACAGGAUGACCUGAAGCUGAUCUCUCUGAGACCGGUCAACUUUUCAGCGUUAAAUUUGAACGACAGCGAAAACUGUAAUUGCGAUUUCGACGAUAGAAUAGGCACUUUUAAAAAUUGGUUUAUGGUUCUCGUUGUGCUGGGAAUAAUUUCCUUCUUCGGGGCUAUUUUCACGAUAAUCACCCUCCUUGUCAAGUGUAUCAAAAUGAGAACGAUGGAGAAGAGGCUAUUGCAAACUCCAAAACUGUGAAUCUAAUCAAAUUUUCUACUGCUUUCUAACUGUUCACGCUACGAUAAAAAAUAAAAUUGUAUGUGAAGUAAUGUGUUAGGUCGAUGCCAAAGUAUUAGGAGUAUGCAGAUUCCACUGCCCACGUGUAAAUAGAUAUGAAAUACUUUAGUAAAAUUUAUAGCUUGUUUCAUUUUACUGUUAACAUCGGUCAAUUUGCGUAAAACAUUGUUAAUUCGUACGAAAACGAAAGUUGAAAUCAAUUCAUUCUUUAACACUAAAACUACCGACGUUUGAUGCACACUUAUUUUUAAGUUGAAAAUGAUGUAUAUUACUAAAUAGAUAAAGGAUGAAACGUUCUUUAGCUCGAUAACAAAAUACCUUGAUAAAAUUUAUAAUUUGAAAUAAGAAACUGGAAACCAGUCAUUUUGACCCCUUUGGUAGUUUUAGUGUUAAUUAAGAAUGAAAAUAAACUGAAAUGCUUUAUUCUUUGAUCAAUUCAGAAAGUAUUAAUUCAAUUAUAUAAAUUAUUUCUCGCAAAACUAGAAGUCAUUUGAUCAACUUAUAUAAUCUGUUCUUUGUAGUCCAUCGAGAGCAUAUUACGGGUUAGUACAGGUUUCUGUAUCGUAACCAGGGUUAAUUGGGCUUUUAACCGAGUUACGAAGCGGUUAGAGCCCCUAUCUGAAAGUGAACUUACUGUUAAUGGUGCUUGCUUCGACGGUGCGGUGUUUGCAAAGGUACAUACAAGCCUGUGACCACGAGAUCAAUUAUUCGUUCAAUUGCCUCAGGUUUAGGAUAGAGCGUCCCGAAAGUCACGCAGAUAAUUUUGAAUUGUUUAUAUUUUCGAAAUCAAGCUCAAAAAUAUUACAAAAAUUAUACACAUCUCACCGAUAUUCAGAAUACGAGAGCUCAAACAUUUUUGGAUGCUAGAUACAGCAGUCUGCGUUUGUAAAUAGAAAAUUAUACAUUUUGUAUGCUGCGUUGUAAUCGAGCGAACAACGAAGAAAGUAAUUUAUAACAAUUGUGGUUAAUAGAUAGGCCGAAUCGAUUAAAUGUGAAAUUCAUCGAGUUUUGCGAACAUGUAAAUACACAUCAUCGUUAACAUAUCUAGUUAGAUAAUAAGAAAAUGGUAUCGUUUUAUCAUCACGAUUCACAUUUUAUUUAAAAAUUUGCAACUGCCCUCCAUUUCCCACAUUUUAGGUGGAACCGACCUUUUCUUUUAUUAUUCACGAUGAAGCUUGCAGAAAAAAAUGAUCUCGAUAGAAUUAAUAGAUGUUUAGAUACGGGCUUGUAACACAUGUGGUGAAACACUGUAUAUAAAAUAAAUUUUAAUUUAUUUUUUCGCUAA